CGUCCCUCCCAUUAGUUCAACUACUGCGUUGGCCGGGGUGUUGGCUUCCUGUUUAUGGAGAUAUUAAUCCCUCUGGCUCGACUGCGAGCGGCUUUUCUUACUGUUGGACGUUCGCUGUCAUCUUCUCGUACUCGUAGACUCUUCGGUCGCAGCAUGGCCUCUGAAUCCGUUACGCGCUUUGAUUUUCUGGUGAUUGGCGGAGGAUCCGGAGGGCUGGCCGGUGCGCGGCGGGCGGCUGAACUCGGUGCCACUGCAGCCGUGAUCGAAAGAAACAAACUCGGAGGUACCUGCGUGAAUGUUGGUUGUGUUCCUAAAAAGGUAAUGUGGAACACAUCCACCCAUGCAGAGUAUCUCCAUGAUCAUGAAGAUUAUGGGUUUGAGGAAGCAAAAGCACAUUUCAACUGGCAGCUCAUUAAACGUAAAAGGGAUGCUUACGUUAGUCGCCUGAGUCAGAUUUACCGGAACAACCUUGACAAGGCCAAAAUUGAGUCCAUUCAUGGCUAUGCAAGGUUCACAGAUGAUCCUGAACCUACUGUUGAAGUUAAUGGAAAAAAAUACACAGCUCCUCAUAUCUUAAUCGCCACUGGUGGCCACCCGUCCACUGUCAGUGAGAAUGAUGUUCCAGGAGCCAGUUUAGGCAUUAUCAGUGAUGGAUUCUUUGAACUUGAUUCUUGCCCUAAACGUAGUGUGAUAGUUGGGGCAGGAUAUAUUGCUGUGGAGAUGGCUGGUAUCCUUUCCACUCUGGGGUCCAAAACGUCCAUCAUCAUACGACAAGGAGGGGUACUGAGGAACUUCGAUGCCUUGAUAAGCUCAAAUUGCACGAAAGAAUUGCAAAAUCAUGGUAUUGACUUAUGGAAAAAUACUCAGGUGAGGUCAGUGCAGAAGACUGACAAAGGCCUUUCUGUUACGCUGGUGACAAAAGACCCUGACGACAAAGAUGCACAGGAGAAGUACGACACCAUCCAUGAGGUGGACUGUCUGCUCUGGGCUAUUGGCAGGGAACCCAACACCUCUGGCCUCAAUCUCAGUUCAAUAGGUGUGAAGCUUGAUGAAAAGGGGCAUAUCGUGGUGGAUGAGUUCCAGAACACCACUCGUGCAGGUGUCUAUGCAGUUGGGGAUGUUUGUGGGAGAGCUCUUCUUACACCUGUUGCUAUUGCUGCUGGCAGAAAGCUUGCUCACCGGCUGUUUGAGGGCAAAGCAGACUCCAAAAUCAAUUAUAAUAAUAUCCCUACUGUUGUGUUCAGCCACCCACCUAUUGGCACAGUGGGACUAACUGAAGAUGAAGCAAUCAAGACCUGGGGAAAGGACAAUGUGAAGGUUUAUACCACUUCUUUCACCCCCAUGUAUUAUGCCAUCACCACUCGAAAGAGUCAGUGCAUUAUGAAAUUGGUAUGUGCUGGCAAAAAUGAGAAGGUGGUUGGUCUCCAUAUGCAGGGUUUUGGCUGUGAUGAGAUGCUUCAGGGUUUUGCUGUGGCCAUUAACAUGGGAGCUACUAAAGAAGACUUUGACAGAACCAUUGCCAUCCACCCGACGUCCUCAGAAGAGCUAGUAACACUGCGCUAAUCAAGUGUUCAUAUUCCAAGAUGAAGCUUUGUUCCAAUCUAAACAAUAAAAAAUACAUUUUCUUUGACUAUUCUCCCACCAUUAGUAUUUUGUAAUGACAAGAAGCAUAUAUUUGGUUUGUUAUAUCUCUGGGGUCAUGUAUUAUCGCCAGUGAUUAAGAAAGACACUACUACCGUUCAUCAGGCUGUGUCUCUUGUACAUUGCAUUGUUGUACCCCAUCGCUCCGAUUUUUGACGGGCAUUAUUUUUUUGAUUGGAACAGGGUCAGAUGAAGGUGAAAUUAAAUAUGUUCAUAGUCAAACUGUUGCUUUACCUUUACAUUUUUGGAAGGUUGGAUUCAGAGAGUUGCUUUCAGUAGUAGAGGGUAAGUAGGGCUUACUCAAUAUAUGUAAAAUAAAAUUGUGGAUAUACAGAGUUCAGCACUUGGGCAUAGACCCUGAAUACAUUUACAAAACAAAUGUGUGUCUUUUUGUGGUUAAUUGAUCUUUUCUUAUUUUCUGUAUUGACAUUGUCAAUAUACAUUUAAUAAACCUGUCACGUUUCAUAAAAACUUAUAUUGACAUAAUUUGUCAAUUCUUCUAAAGUUUAAAGUGUGUUGCAUGUAUAAGAGGCAUUAAGGGCUAGGGAAGUUAUAUAAAGCAACUGUUCAGAAUGACAUGUGACACUAUGAUUAAAAACUUCUAGUGUUGGUUGGUAUUAGCAAAUAUUUUCUUAGCAUUUACUCAGCUGCUUCCAUUUAACAUUGUUUUACUACGAAAAUAGAGGAAUUUCAGUUACACUUAUAUGCAUCUUCCUUCAUCUAUGGGGUUUUAAAUAAAAACAGAUUUGAGGUUUUAUAUGAACAUGUUUGGCUGUUGGCUAAGUUUGGUCUCUAAACACCAUCUUUUUAUGAGAUGUGGUGGUGAUUCAAAGGCUGUAUUAAUCAGCUGAUAUUUUGAAAGGCAUUAGCAGAUGUCCAUUUGGAGUAAAUUUCAUUUGCAAUAAAGUUCUCAUUCA